AUGAACACAAGCACAGUGCCUGGACUGCUGCAGAGACAAGGCCUCCAAAGAUGUCCCCCCCCUGCUGCUUUGGAGCUGUCCCAACCUCAUCUCGAAGGUACAGAGGAAGGUGUUCCAGAGGAGGCGGAAUAUGCUGAGGAUGAAGGUGUGGAAGAGACUGCAGACAUCCGUAAAAAACGCUUCACAGCUGCCGAAAAACAUUUGCAUGUCGUUGAGGUCAAAGCAAAUUAUGAUCAGCUGUAUGGUAGGAUUAGUGACAAACUACCAAAGGCUAACAAGACUAGAAUUUGGCGAGAAAUCUGUUCAAAAGUUAAUGCCUUGGGAGUUGCGAAAAGGAGUGUUGCAAAUAUCAUCCACAAGUGGUAUGAUUGCAAGAGGCAAGUGAAGGAAAAACUGAAGAAAAUAGAUCAACAUUCAAAGCAGACGGGUGGUGGUCCUGCCAUUAAACUUAAACUUUGCCAAACUGAGGAGAUAGUUGCGGACACCUUUCGAAGAGAACAGAUAAGUGGGAUUGGCAGCUUUGAUGUGAUGGCGGGCAUUGAAGACUCCAGUGAUGGAGAUGAGCUUAUCACAGAAUCCCCAGGUCCAUCUUCAAUUGUCUCCCAGCAAGAUUCUUCAACUUUACUACCUUCCGGGCAACAUAUUUCCGAAGAGGACACCAUACAUAACCUUUCUCAAAAAUUGACACAGUACAUUUCUAAAAAUGUUAAACAAGGAGAAAUGGUGCAGGUACUUGGCCAAUCUUCUAGCAUUAUUUGCCAAUAAUUAUGUACAAUGACAAAUGUGCUUAGAGAAGUGAGACAUUUGUUGCAAAAAGUAGUCGACCGAAAUGAUGUUAGCUCGCCAGCAAUAACGCCAACCCAAGUCUGUACUCCAUCCCCGGCCGCUUUGCAAACACUAUCACAUAUUUCACCAAUACUUGUUCCCUCUGAUGUAGAUUCUAGUGACAUAUCUCAACAGUCUACCAUCUAUUUUAAAAUGUCACCAAUAGACCUAACUAGUCAAGACUGUGAAACAGUGGGAUUAGUUAAAACUAUAUCUCAAGACACAUCACAGGUUGUCACUAAUCCUGGUGGUAGUGGUGAUCAAUCUUUUUUGGGAACAGAAAUUAGUCAAACACCCUCAGCUGGUUUUUUGCUCUUUGUCAAAAAUGAAAUUUCCAUACCUAACACUCCCAAGCCAAGACAAACUAGUGUGGCUAGUUCUCACUCAUCUCCCUGAACUUUAAGAAGUAGGAGGUCUUUGAAAAGUAUUCCAUCUAAGAACUUGUGCCCCCCACCAAAAAAAAAGGUGCAAAAUAAAAAAAAAUAAGACGUUCAAGUAUACUAUUGACCUGCAAACUAUUACAUAUUUUCCCUGCAGUUAAAAUUUAUAAGGUCAGUUAAUGCUGUCGAACUAUUUCACCAAACAUGCUGAAAGGUGUACUCCCCUGGCAAACAUUUUGUUAAUAAGUGCCGGAAAGAUAUCCAGAUUUGUAAGUUAUUUCACAGAGAAAAAAAAUCAAUCCUUGCAUUACUUCUUAGCGUUUGAAUACCACUGAGUAAAUGCUUUCCUUUUUUCCUUUACGAUUUGUGUUGGUACCAUCUUGUCCAUAUUGCUCUCUGCUGACAUCUGGUGCCCGUAUCAUGAAUUGUCAGGAGCAGCAUAUAUUUCCUCGCCUUUUUGCUUGACAACUUUGGACAUUUCCUGAUACGGACACCAGGUGUCUUCAGAGCGAAUUGUUGACCACACCAAUCUGAAUUUCCUACCAAAUUUUAUUUACUCUGUAGUAUCCAAAUGUUAAUAAUUACUGUAAGUAAUCUGGAAUAUAAGUAAUUUACAAAUCUGUUAACCUUUAUUGCCCCCUUAUUUGGAAACUAACAACCAAUCCAGUGUAGUGGCCCUUUAAAGGGGUUCUCCGGCGCUAAUACAACUUAUCCCCUAUCUUAAGGAAGCCCUCCCAUAGACUUGUAUUACGGGGGCGGGGCGUGAUGUCACAGGGGGCGGAGCUAUGACGUCAUCGGCCGCCGGCACUGUGAUCGGACAUCACUGCCAUGGAGCUAGUAACAGCUCUGUGCAGCAGGUAAGAAGGGGUUCCUCGGCAGAGAUCGCGGGGGUCCCCAACAGCGGGACCCCCGCGAUCAUACAUCUUAUCCCCUAUCCUUAAGAUAGGGGAUUAGUUGUAUUAGCGCUGGAGAACCCCUUUAACUGUCAUCACUCUAUGUUCCCUGCAUCCUACUCUCUUCAAAUCUCUUUGCUCUACCCCCAGCUAACUAUCCCAGGCUGAGCUAAGUGACAUAAUGCAGCAGGGCCUGUGUAUUAUGCCACGUCAUGUCUCUAAGCUACAAUGGUGAGAUUUAUCUGUUAGCAGAUCAAAGCAUGAAAAUAAGAUCGUAGAAUGUUGUGAACACAGAGAGGGGACAGAUCAGCAUGGUUCGGGCAAUUUUCCCAUGCACUUACAGAUAGUAACAGUGUAUUGUUUGUGUUAAAGGGGCACUCCUGCGCUAAGCAACAUUUUCACCUAUCUUAAGGAUAGUGUAUGAUCGCGGGGGGUCCUUUACAUGACAGUUCGCUCAGCCUAUCACCGGCCAAGGCGGGACAUCGCUGCAGCCGGUGAUAGGCUGAGGUUCCAAGCCCAUAGGGAACCAUUGCCGGAGGAACAGGAGCCAUACCGGAGCGACGGGGCGCGCAGGCAUGUAAGUGAAAGUUUGUCUUCUAUUUUUUGGCAGGCCGGGCCCGGGGGCGAGGAAUAAAUUAGUGCCGGAUAUAUCCUUUAAGCAUUAGUAAUCUCUAAAUAUUGGUCAAAGUCUGUCUGCUUGGGUAUGGUCCUUAGCUAAAUAAUUUCACUAAGCUUUUCACGCAGACGUAGCUAAUACAUUUGUGAGAGUGAAGUUGGCCCGUGGCCGUUGCGUAGUAAUGUCAUGAUUUGAAUACAAAAAAAAAAAGUUCCGCAGUUACACUAUUUUAAUUAGAUGAGUAAUGCUGACCCCUUGGCCAAUUAGUGUACUAAGGGAAGAUGCUGAGGUUUCACUAUAACACCUUGUAAAUUCCAAACAGACUUGAUUGAAUCUUAA